GUUCUAUACCAAUACAAGUUAAAUAAUUUAAACCUUCAGAUAGAAAAUUUACUUAACGGCAUGUCCUCGGUUAAGAUUUCAAACCUAUACAAAUAUAUUCUAAAGUGAUACGUCAAGUUACUAAACGGUGUUUUGGACAUGAGGGAACUUCACCUAUAUAGGAAAAAUGACAGAAGAUGAUUAACAAAGCUAACUCAAAUUGGAACUUGAUCUAGAGAUUCUGAAGACCACUUAGAGAUUAUGAGUAGAAAAUGCAGUCAUCAAAGCGUGCCAGAAAAUCUAGACCACCAGCGAGCAGAGAAGCGGCCUAUAGAAUUAUAAUUAGAUAUGUAAAUGAAGUGUGUAUUCAAAUACGUAAAUUUGCCAAACAUUAUUUAAACAGAGAUGCUAUAGAUUACAGUGCAUGUGCAAAAUGUUUGAAGGAUUUGUGCGAGGUUUGGGAAACUGAACCAUCAAAAUUUCCAACGUGGAAGGAAUUCUUCGAGAAACAUAAAAUAAAGGCAACCGAAGAUGGACUAAGAAAGAAAGACUCGUACAAAGAUUUGUUGAAUAUAUGUGAACGUGCAAGAGAGUAUGAACUGAUGAUCCCAGGUGUUAGAGAAAUGAUUGUAGAAUGCGCGCGUGGUCAUCUUUAUAAAUACUGUCAAAGUUUCAUUGAAGAGGCUGAGGAAUUGGAAAUUCAGCCUGUACUUGAAUAUGAAGAAGCAAUAAAUGCAUACAGAACUGAAAUGGAUGCAAAAAUCAACAAAAUUAAUAAAAGUAUACUUGAAUAUGGUGAAAUUAAAAAACCUUUCGAAACGUUUAUUUCAGAAGGAAACGUGCAUGCCAAAUUAAUGGAGGAAACGUGUGUUCUAUUGAUUGAAGUUUCGCAUACAGCCAAAAAAUGGAUAGCUGAAGAUUCUGCUUAUCCAGACAAACUUUUGCAAGAUAUAUUCUUCAAUAACUCUUAUAAAGAGAAGCUUGAAGAUGAUAUUGAAAAGUUGCGACAAAAAAUUAGAAGCACUGAUGGGAGUAUAGAACGGAAAAGGAAAACGCAUGCUACUCUUGCCCGGGAACAUUCUAACCAUAAAAGACAAAAACAUCGAGCAAAACAAAGUUUAGAAGUAGUUAUUCUUAAAAUUCAAAAGUUGGAGAGAGAUAUUGAGGCAAAAAAUAAAGAGAUACAACAACUUAAAGAUGAAAUAGCAGAUAAAACUCCUGUCUCGCCCCGGUAUCGAAGUGACCUCAGACUUAAUCUAGAACGAGAAUAUGGUUGUCUCGACAAGUUGGAAGAAAAUAAACAAGUAAUGGAGAGACAGAAGAUACGGUUAGACAGAGAAUUCAAAAGUGUUAAUGACAGUACAUAUGAAUAUAAAGUGGAAGCUGUUACCAAUCGUCAUGAACAACAUGAAAUGAGACAAAAAAUGCUUGGGAUGGAGAUUGAAAUCAAAUCUAUAUAUGAUCGAAUUUCUAGUAUAGAUCAGAAAUCUGCUGUACUCAAGAAAAUCAGACUUUUAAAUCUAUCACCAGAUACACUCAGAAUGAUGCAUAAACGACGGAUAAAAAUACAAGAAAAUGAAUUUACAAAACGGAGAAAAAGGAAAUGUCAAUUAGAAGAGGCGUGUAAAUUUGUCUCCAAUUACAUCGGAAAAGAUUGGAAGAAACUUUAUGAACGGCUACCCUUUAUUCCACCACGUGACCCAGACCGUAAGAUGAAGGAUUUGGAAGUAAUAGACAGAAUAUCUGCGCAUAGAGACAGAACACCGGAGGAAUCUGCACUUUUUAGCUUAGAAAAGUGGAGGUCAUUCAACCGUCAGUGUGAACUAGGACAAUUGAUCAAAGGUCUUCGAAAGCUAAAUAAAGUGGACCUCGCCGAAAAAAUAGAAAGUCGUUAUGCAGUUGAGGAUGUUUAUGGUUGAUAUUAAAUAUUAAAUUUUACGGAAAACACAAUGGGAAACAAUUACAAAAUUCCCUGACAAAACAAUUCUAAUCAGUAACUAAAAUGAACAAAAAUAACAAAGCAACAGUAGUUAUCACCAAGACUACUCUUCUUGUUAUCAAAACCAUAUUUUGCAAGGAAAUUAUUACUAUUUAAAGACUUCUUAAUAAUAAUGGAACAGCUGAUACAUGUAAUUUUUUUAAUCUAGUGUAUUCCACUUUAAAUUCAUCUAAUCGUACAAAGUUUAUAAAUCUCAAGAACGAAGUAACAUCUUAUACAUUUCAGGUCGUUAAAUAAACUUUUUCAAUGCAAAGGCUUUUUUUUAUAGUAACAAACUCAUUCCUAAAUUCUACUCGACCCUGACUCAAAUUGUGAAUGCGAGUGAAUAAAAUAAUCAUUUUAGAAUUGUAGUGAACGGGAUAAAAGUAGUGUCGACGUUGAAUAAAAGAGUCUGUUCAUCAAGGUUGUUCUCAAACAUGUUUAAGUUAAAUAACAAAAUAAAGAAUCUUGAAUCACAGUCGAAAAUAAAAACACAUCAGGAUUAAUUUCAAACUUAAAUCAAGUAGACUAAAUUGAACACGAAAUAAGUUCUUCAAUUAAUAAAGGCUCAUUCCUGACAAACUUGUACUUUUUCCAAUUGUUUGUUAAUCUCUAACAUUCUGAACAAUUUCGUGCUUAACGUAUUUCUUUAGUACUAUUUAUCGUGUUCAAAUGAUUUCUAUUUUUGUUCCGUUUUCACAUUACUCAAAUCGAUCAAUUUGAAAGUUUACAAAGUUCAUCUAAAUGUUAAUGAAUACUGCAUGAUAACAUUUGUGUUUCUAAUGACAAUACAAUAAACAUGCAACUAUUUAACUUUUUAAUCCAUACUUAUAAAAUAAAGUUGUCGACACAAUCUAUUAGUUACUCUGCUUUUGAUUCAGUACUUCUAUAAUCUAGACAUAAACGCGUCAAGUUAAGUGACCAAGCAUCAAAAUUAAUAAAACACUGAGAGCUAUAUAUUUAAAUACAGUAGAUAGGAUGAAAUACUUAGACAUUAUUAAUAAUCAACUUUAUUGUUCAAUAAAAAAAGAAAAUUUUAGACAGUAAGUCUCGUUCUGUGAUAGUCUCUUCAUAUAUAUGUACAUGUAUUGA